GUUGUUAGUUGAAAGCUGACAGUUUACCCCGCGAGUUCACAAUGUACCGAGAUGUCCUCGUACUCGGACUCUCGAUAUUUCUCUUUGCGUUUACCGCCGAUAUCGUUCGAUCGUCCAAUAACGAUCAGGUCAAGGGAGAAGAGGGAAAUUCUAACUUCUCGAAAUCUUGUGCGUUCGUGCAAUGCAACGAGGGGGAGAAUUGCGUGAGUCGGAAAUUUUGGUGCAAAAAUCCACCGUGUCCCAUUAUGCACUACUGUUCUAAAACGUCGAGAGAAUCACUGAAAGGACCAAUGACUUGUGAAUCCGUUCGCUGCAGCAAGGGUUACAUGUGCCUCGUUAAAGUUCGCCGAUGCCAUUGGGAUCGGAGAUGUACACAGCAAGUAGCACGCUGCGUUUCUGAGCGCGAAUAUUACGACGGUCCAACUUCCUGCGCCGAUUUCCAUUGCCCACCUGGACAUCGGUGUAUCUUGCGAGAAUCCAAAUGCCCACAUUCGCCUUGCAGGCUUCUCAGAAGUUGCGCUAAGAACAAAGAUGUUCAAGCCUGGCAUGGCAGAUGCAGAAGUCUGGGAUGUCCUUCGGAAUAUGAAUGCUUCCUGAGAAGACCACCCGACAACUGCCCCUCCUCUGAUCCUUGCAAACAUACACCUGACUGUACAAGCACAAAUGUGAAUGAGGUUCCAGUUAGCCAAGGCUGUCGAGGCUGGAUUUGCCCCAGGAAUCAGGAGUGCUCAGUUAUCAUCCAGGACUCCUGCAAACUUGAGAAUGGUACCGAAAAUUGUGAAACAACCCGUGUUUGUCGUGAAAGACGCGCAUUCUUCGAGACGACAUCAGCACCCUUUACGCGACUCAUUCCUCACGCACUCACUGCUGUCACCAAUAUCUGGCAGUUGACAACUCCUCAGCCACCGACUUAUCCAACUACGGAGGAAGAACUGGCGUUGAUUGUGAGGGAUGCAAAUCUACAAGGUGAAGAAGGAGAGGAUAAAGUACAGAUGACGCGGCAGAAGAUGGACGAACCAGUUACAACUAUGUACCCAACUAUGGUACCUUUGACGACAACUGCACUAUAUCCCAGUUUUCCUCCAACUUUAUCAAAGGUUAACUCUAGGUCAACUUCCAUUCCGAGUCAGACAAAGUGUCACUGCACCAAAAACACGUUUUCCCCACACAGUGGUCCAAUUUAUCAAGUUCCGGUUUACAUUAAAUCGCCUGUGAUCAAAAAUGAUGCAGAUGCAGAAAAAGAUCUGCGUCCACAGCAACCGAUCACUCCUUCAAUGACAGAGUGGCUUGAUUAUCUCCGUUUAAAAACGGGAUUAGAUGCCAUUAAAGUAUGGGCCAAACAUGCUGAGGAAAACGUUAAAUAUGAGUACUUCAAGGAAUGGCUAGAAUCUGUGAAAAACAGCCUAGGAAGAUGGAAAUUUGAAAUCUGGUUGAGGGAAGUACGAAAAUUAACUUCCGGCAAUCCAGCCUUUCAGAAAUGGCUUCUUAAAAACGAUGAGAUUCCUGAAUCCACUGAACCCCACACUGAGAACGAUAGCUCUGUCCGAAAACCUUCGCUGGAAUUUCCAGUGAAUACGGAAGAAGUACAGGUACCAAUUCUCAAUGAAACUCAAACUUUACAACACGCGAAAGAUUCAGAUAAUGGAACUGAUCCUGUGGAUAAAAAAUCUGAACCUCCUACAACUCAAAAUUUUCACGACGGUGAUGAGCUCAGGAAAAUUGAAGAUGAAAAAGAUAUAGGAACGACAUCGAGUAUGCCAAUACCCAAACCGCGUCUUGAGAAUAACUUCUAUCCUAACGUGACCACAGAUGUUCCUCAAUUAUUUUCCGUGGAUCAACAGAAACCAAAUCAUCCGGCGAAAAAAAAUACAGGCCACCCAAGAAUCAAUUACGGAGAAGGUCCUUGGACUGAUUUGUCAGAAUCGCAUCAACUGAAUAUCAAGAACGACUCAAUUCGACGCAACCCAGUUGACUUUGCAACACGAAACAAGAACUUCGGAAAAGAUCCCAGGGAGGAUCAUCCGAUAAAUCAUUUUUCGCAGCCUAAUAAAAGUAACGAAAUCCUUCCAAGUCCAGGUGACCGUCCAGACGAUAUAUUAAAAGAGCAAAUUUACAGUAACAAGAAUCUUUCGACGGUUGGUUCUCAAUUAAACUCAUCAGUGUUACUGCAAAAUUCUACAAACAAUGUUGAAACAGGAAAAAACAUGAAAGCACCGGGUGUGAAAAUAAAUGAUACUGUUCCCUUUGGGGACAGACCUGGUAACCUUUCGUUGGUAAAAAGCAAUCAAUUUGGUAAUCAUACUGGACUCGAUGUUGAUUUGUCACGUAAUGGGACGAAGGAUUUCGCACGGAAUUUAACGAUACAAGAACCCUCCACGGAAAUGGAACUAGAACAUUUCCCCCCAGAGAAUCAAACAGAAUCACCGGAGCUUCCGGCGCCACGUCAGGACUACAAAACGGUUCAUCAAUCGGACCACAAGAUUCCAAUAGUCCACACGUCCUCUCAGAAUUCGUCAGUGGACGUUGGGGUGCGAACGAAAGAGAAGAACCUUACGAAGACAUUCGACUUGUUUGCCCCUGUAGCAGAUCAACUCCAUAUCACGUCACCGUGGGACGCGGUGCAACUUCUCAGACCUAAAAAAAGAACUUACUAUGCUCUCAUGAGAUUUCCUCUGGAACGAGUCAACGACCAGCUACAAAUAAUUGGCUAUCCUCUAAUCGUGUCGACGACCUCAUCUAUCGAUCAAUCUGACAUUUUUCACUACAAUGCGAAGAACCUUACUUCGCAGCCUCAACCUGUAUACCUUACGCAAAAUUCUGAACCCGAUGUGCCUCCAAUUCCUUGGAACCUGGUUUUGAAAUAUGGUAAAAUACCCCACGAGCUACCUGUAAGAAAAAUUUCAGACGAAAUGGACGUUGAGAACCAGGGAGAAGAUAUUGAUUUGAAAAAUCAACCGGUCUCAUCCCAACAGAUACAUAAAAAAAAUGCACAUGUCGAGCUACAUAUUCCUCUAGCAAAUUCUUCGCAUCUACCUGCACCCAUUGAGCUACAGGUACAAGAAGUUGGAGGGUGGCAUCAGUUAGAUAGUGUUCAGCCUACGCAGUAUCUACGGAACAAGGUGAGGAAUAAUGAAAGAGAAUACGGUGGUGAUCCUAGCAUCUCUUACAACGUGGAAACCACUCGAUCUAGGAUUGAUACGCUAACGAAUGGACAGCAGAUUAUGACAACUUCCAACCCAAUGCCAUUGAUCUCCGAAGUAGCCGAAAUUGAGUAUGAUCAGUACGAGUGCGAAAAGCAAGGCAUCACUCCAUCUCCCACCUUGGAAACCAACAAGAAAUCUUUCACAGUAGGAGAUCCUGAUAGUCCGAAUUCAGCAAACUAUGAUACCGCGAAGUAUUACUAUGAAAAUGGUGAUCCAUAUGGAUAUAACGACGGACCUGUAGGAUAUGAUGACGGAUACUCCGAGCAGUUAGAAAUCAACGUAGAUGAUUACGGUCCUGAGUCUUACGACGGGGAAAUCACACAGGGCUUCAUACUUCACAGAACUGCCGAGGAAGAUAAAUCGUUCCCUAAGAACUGAUGUCACUUUUGAUUUUUUUUUUUUAUUGUUUCGCAAUUCCAUAAUAACAUUAUUGCUAAUGUAUACUAAACAUACGUCAUGAAAAGUUGGUGCAUCUGAUCGAGGAGGUUACGUCGAACGAUACGUAACUCUUUCAAAUAUCCAAGAAGUUCGCAAGGAAUAACUUAAGAGCAAUGAAACGGAGGAGAAUACCUAU